UGUAGUCGUUACGAGUUUACGUCCGAGCCCCUAAACGCUGAUGUCUUUUCCGGAAUUCCGAUUGCGGUGGAUACAUAGAAAGUACAUCAGUGACGAUGUUAAUAGCUCUGUGCACCUCACAGUUCGUGAAUACAGAAAAGUCGAUGAAAAGGGCUUUCAAUGACACUUUUCAUUACAUUGAGAAUAUACGUCAAACACUCAAACCAUUGAUUUCUACGCCCAGUCAUGUGAAUACUUUCUGACAACACGGUUUGUACGGCAGAAAGAGCACGGGGAACUCCCGCUGACUGCAAUCGGGUCAGGAGGCACUCUCCGGCUGUGACUCACACGGCUGCUCCCACACUUCCGUGUCUGUCGCUGCAGCUUAAGGUGGUGAAUUCAUUAACUCUACGUCAGACUAGAAAGGCUGUUAUUACCUGUCACACACGUCCUGUAUACCGGACUGCUGGAUUUGGAUAAAUCUUGACUGCAGGUACUCCUUUCCUAGUGAGUGGUUACAAUGGUGUUGACAGUCAAAGGAAGCCUGACCCUCCUCCUGCCCCUGGUAGGCUGGCUUCAGCACGUGGGGGGUCACGGGCGACUGAUUGACCCUCCUUCUAGAGCAUCCAUGUGGAGAUACGGAUUCUCCACACCUCAUAACUACGAUGACAAUCAGUUGUUCUGUGGUGGGGUUCAGAACCAGUGGGAAGUCCAUGGCGGUAAAUGUGGCGUUUGUGGUGACCCCUGGCAGGGACCGCGGGAACACGAGGCUGGCGGCAAGUUCGCCAAUGGUAUUAUCGUGAAGCAGUAUGAGAAAGGGGAGAUAAUCUCUGUAACGGUUCAGCUCACAGCGAAUCACAAAGGCUGGUUUGAAUUUCGAAUUUGCAAGAACAAUAACCCGGGAAAGCGCAUUACACACGAAUGUCUGGACAAGAAUCUACUAAAGCUUGCAGAUGGCGGAACUCGCUUUGAGGUAUACGGCAAGGUUGGGUACGGAGUCAGUGAAAAAUUUGAAAUCAAACUACAGCUUCCACAAGAUUUGAUCUGUACACAAUGUGUCCUCCAGUGGAAGUAUAAUGCAGGGAACAGCUGGGGCACAGAUGAAGUGACGGGACAGUCGGGAAUCGGUUUUGGGGCGCAGGAACAGUUUUACGGCUGUGCGGACAUUUCCAUAGGAUUCUCUGAUGUUAUUAAAGUGGGAGAGGUGCCCAAGGUGUACAUGUGUCUAUUGGAGAAUGAUAUAGAGGAAGGCUGGUAUUGGGGGAAGGCUCCACCAUUUGAGGACGAUGAACACAUCGUUUGUGGAAGAUCACCGGCAACCAGAAUGACAUUACCAUCAAAAACAAUGCUCAUGGUACCAGCUACCUUGCUAGCGUUACGGACGCUCUUUCACCUGAAUUAAAUGUGGUGGCUUAAACGGUUUGUGAAAGCAAAAUGAAGGGAUUUUAUGCCUCACUAGCAUUUGUAGAUGUUUGGCCUAUCAUCGCAUUUAAGCAUGUAUGUCAAUCAUGUACAAGUAUAAACCUUAUUCAGACAAAGGGCAUGACGUCCAAGUAUGUGCGUAAACAGCAGUAAUUAACACUCGUAUAUGAAUUCGAAUAAUUGCUCGUUGGAAAGCUGUAACUUGUGAUAGUAUAUAUAUCCAUUCUUGCUUUAUGAUGUAUGAAGAAAGCUGUGAUAUUAAAACACAUACGUGUUAGACUCCCCUCAAUGCCGCGUCAUUUAUGAAUUGUAAUCAGCUGUAUGUUAUUUUUGUGAAGGAAUUUCCACGUAUAUAUAUAGGUUGUUUUCAAUAUACAAGUUGUGAAUUUGAUAAAGUAUUUUUCUUUCGCCAGUGAAGUGACUUUAGAUGUAUGUGAAAGUUCUCACCUGAAUGGAAGUGCAGGUAUAGAGUAGACGCAGAUUUUUGUACGUUAGCUUGGUUUGUCUUUGGUUUGCAAUACUGCAUUGACGUUUGAAUACUUGUUAUUUACUUGCCAAGUAACUAUCUGCAUAAUGUUGUCACAAAUGUAACCCACUUGUCCACUGUUCUCGUGUGCUGAGGUCUCCGACUUUAUGGUAUCCUGAGUAAACAAGUAUAGUCACAUUUAACUGUCGCCGUUGGCUGUUUGAAGAAGUAUUUGAAAACUAAAAUAUUUUUAUUUUAUAACUUAUCACCAGCCGUAUUGCAGAGAUAUGUAUCGCUCACAUUAGUUAAAAAUUGUGCAUGUAUUAUCAUAUCCGGUUUUGUGUUGUUUUGCCAGAGACAUCCACGCAAGUCUAUCGUUCCAUCACACUGUCAUUUUUAUCGUUGUAUUGCCUCAUUACAGGAGUCUCAUUCCACUUACAUUUUGCAUCUUCGUCAUAUAUAUAUUUUGUCAUAUCUUUAUUGAAAUAAAGAAAAAAAGAAUAUCACCGUGAAUU